AUGAAGAAAUAUCUGGGUGGCUCGAUCGCCGACCUCACACAAGCAGAAGCAAGAUCGUACGGCAAGAUCGCGGCCGACUAUGAAGUGGAUGGGCAGGAUAUACUCUUCUACUGCCCACCCACUCCGAGAUCGGGGGACGGUCGCGAUCGGUUACUGAGACUGGUGGUGCCCGAAACGUUGCAAUCUGACGUCUUACACCACUAUCACACUACGCUGGAAGGAGGACAUCAGGGAGUGGGGCGUACCUACCAGCGGAUCAGGGAUCAUUUCCACUGGAGAGGAUUAUAUCGGAGCGUUCAGCGAUAUGUGGGGGAAUGCGUGGACUGUGAAACGGGAAAAGGGAAACCGGUGAUCCGGGGUGAAUCACCAGGGAACUUGCACGCGACGUACCCGUUCCAAAUCGUCGCCAUGGAUCAUAUACCGUCGCUGCCUAGAUCCCACAAGGGUAACACGGAUCUAUUGAUCUGGGUCGAUCUGUUCACAGGAUAUGUGAUCGCGAAAGCUAGCUCGUCCCGGUCGGCCCCAACGAUCGCGGAAUCCGAGAUGAUCCGACAUGAUCGAGAACCCGAGUUCAUGUCUGACUGCUUCCGGGCGUUUAACAAGAUCCUGGGAUAA